CCAGUCUUGUAUAAAGAUCACUCCGUCCCGAGCCUGUGACAGUGCGUCAUAAGUCGGACUCUGUUCAAAAGUGACAACGGCAAUCUCACUACCCAACGCAGCAACUUGUGAAUACAGCGCCAUGGCGGACGAGGUAUAUGACUUCAUCAUUGUCGGCAGCGGCCCAUCCGGCAGCGCCCUCGCCGCAGGCAUCGCCAAUGCGCCCUCGCGACCCCGAGUCCUCCUGCUUGAAGCCGGUGGCCCCAAUGCGGAGCGGGAUCUCCGUGUCGACGGCCAGCGCUUCACGACCCUUAUGACCAGCGGCAUGAAUUGGGGGUACAAGACAACACCGCAGGCAGAGUGCAACAACCGCGAGAUCGACUACUCGCGAGGCCGCGGGCUGGGCGGUUCGAGCGCAAUCAACUUCGGCGUGUACAGCUACGGGGCGCGGGACGAUUACGACGAGUGGGCGAGGCUCGUCGGGGACGACACGUUCUCCUGGGACAAGAUGCAGCAGCGGUUCAAGGCGCUCGAGAGCUUCAACAUGAAAACUCCAGCUGGCCUCGAUGGGGGUGCCGCGAGUAAGUACGCCGCUCCUGACGCCGCGGUCCACGGGACAACCGGACCGCUCAAGGUCGGCUACGCGAAGGAGUGGGAGGACGACCUCACGCAGACGCUCGAUGUCUUUGUGAGCGGCGGGUGGCCGGCCAAUCCGGACCACAACUCGGGCAACCCGCUGGGCAUCUCGGUGCUCAUCAACUCGGCCCAGGGCGGCGUGCGGACCACCGCCAGCGACCUCCUGGACCCUCGGCCAGAAAACCUCACCGUCCUCACCGACGCACCCGUCGCUCGCGUCCUUUUCAACAAGACCGCUUCCUCGGCCAGCGAGAAGCCCAAGGCCGUCGGCGUCGAGACCGCCACCGGCAAGACCUACCACGCCAAGAAGGAGGUCCUCCUCAGCGCUGGAGCCCUCAACACGCCACAGAUCCUCAUGUCCUCGGGCCUCGGCCCGGCCUCCCCGCUCCGAGCCCUGGGCGUCAGCCCCCUCCGCGACAUCCCGGCUCUCGGCCAGAACCUGCGCGACCACAUGUUCGUCCCGCUCAUCUACAAGCUCAACACGCCGCACUCGGCCACCCGCGCGGCCUUCUACCGGUCCGCGGACGCCCGGGCCGCCGCGCUGGCGCAGUGGCGCGAGCAAGGUGGAACGGGCGACUGGGCCAAGUACGCGUGCGAGCUGGGGAUUGGGUGGGCCAAGCUCCCCGGGCUCGAGCAGAGCGCCGAGUUCCAGGCCCUGCCCGAGGCCGAGAGGGCGUUCCUGGCUAAGGAGACGGUGCCGCACUACGAGAUCAUUACGCAUUUCCCGAUCCAUUACUUUGUCCCGGGCUUCCCCGACGAGAAUCUGGACUAUGUCACUGUGCUAGUGUUCUACUACAAUGCGCAGGCUCGGGGCGAGGUGACGCUGAAGAAGCCGGAUGCCGCGGCGGAAGGUGAGAAGGGGGAAAAGAGCGUGGAGGUGCCGCAGGUCCAGUGCAACCCACGCUUCCUGGAGCACGAGUUUGACCGCCGGGUCGCGGUCGACUCGCUGCGCGAGGUGCUGCGGGUGCUCAAGCAGGACAGCUUCGCCAAGGACACGGCCGGUGUCAUUUCCGGGCCCAAGGGCGAGAGCGACGAGGACCUGCUCGAGUACUGGAGGCAGAACAUCUCGAGCAGCUGGCACAUGACGGGGACGGCCAAGAUGGGGGCCCCGGGGGACGCCGAUGCCGUGGUGGACCAGGACUUCCGGGUCCGGGGCGUGGAUGGGCUGCGGGUGGUUGACAUGAGCGUCGUGCCUGUGCUCGCAAGUUGUCACAUUCAAGCGGUGGCGUAUAUCACAGGUGUGACGGCGGCCGAGAAGAUUGUGGCCGAGUAUGGAUUGUGAUAUGUCUGAUAUAUAUACAAACACUUGGCAUAGCAACAAUGAUUAGUUCCAUGUGGGCAGGCG